AUGGAAACUGAGGUGGCUGGUGUAAUGGAAUAUGGUGGUUCACUCCCUGUUGAGAAUGUACAACAACUAUCUUCCCACAGCUCAAAAGACAUCCCACUCCGCUACAUUCGACCAGAACUCAAUAUCGAAAAAGUUUCUUUUGAUGAAUCCUUGCAGAUUCCAAUGAUUGACAUGAGCAAGCUAGAUACUGAAAUAUCUGUAGUGUAUGAUCGGGAGUUGUUGAAACUUCAUAUUGCUUGUAAAGAAUGGGGAUUCUUUCAGUUGAUUAAUCAUGGGGCAUCUGAGGCAAUUGAAGAAAUGAAGGUGGUCACCUCAGAAUUCUUUAAACUUCCUCUGGAAGAGAAGAUGGCCUAUGAACAGACUCCAGAUAACAUUGAAGGCUAUGGGCAGGCAUUCGUCGUAUCAGAAGAUCAAAAACUCGACUGGGGCGACAUGCUCUUUCUUCUUCCUCUACCAGUCUCUCAAAGAAACAUGAGAUUCUGGCCCAAAACUCCUGCCUCUUUCAGAUCCACUUUGGAGAAAUACUCGAUGGAGCUGCAAAAAAUUGCACUAAAGCUUUUCACAUUGAUGGCUAUAAAUCUCGGAAUUGACCCAGAAAAACUCACUGCGGCGUAUAAAGAUUGCAAUCAAGGAAUAAGAAUGAAUUAUUAUCCACCUUGUGUACAUGCUGACAAGGUUAUUGGCCUCACUCCACACUCUGAUGCCACAGGACUAACGCUGUUGAUACAAGUCAAUGAAGUUCAAGGUUUACAAAUUAAGAAAGAUAGACAAUGGGUACCGAUUAAACCCGUUCCGGGAGCCAUCAUCAUCAAUGUUGGUGAUAUCAUGGAGAUAAUGAGUAAUGGUGAAUAUAGUAGCAUCGAGCAUAGAGCUGUCGUUGACUUUGAGAAGGAACGACUUUCGAUUGCUGCAUUUCAUAGUCCAAAUAUUACGACGAAAAUUGGUCCGUUGCAUGAUCUCGUGGAAAAGAAGGGAGAAAAAUACAAGACAAUAGGCCAUGAGGAGUAUUUAAGGAUGCUGCUGUGCAUUUGUACUGAUUCUUUUGGAUAUGACCUGAAUCUCAAGGCAACUGACCUCAGAUUGGGAUUGCCUUGGACACAUGAAUCUAAGAAAGACAUAGUUUCCAAUACUAAGCAUAACAAUCGAGCCUUGUCUGAGUUGAUUCAAGACAGUGGAUCCAAGGGCAAUUCUGACGCCAAACAAGAAACUGCACCAGCAUCCAAAUGGCAGGGCACAGAUAGUAGGGUGGCCACCAGUUCGGUCCUUUCGGAAGAAUAA